CCAAUCACCUGUCCCCAUGCUGUUGUGGGCCACUCCUCCUUCUCACUCUCCUCCAAUCAGAAGCUUCCAAUCUCUGCCUCCCGCCGCUGGUCUGUCCAAACCCUCCACGAUUGGCCGAAAUCCCGCCGGUUCAAGACGAAGCGCGAGGGGACGGACUACGGCAACCGUCCCAUUAAACUGGCUGGGAAAGUCAUCAUCCAGGAGAUCUCCUGUCUGCUGGCCGUCCACAAAGCUCUGGGAGAGAGCUACAUUCUGAACGUGAACGACAUCCAGGAAACGUGUCAGAAGAAUGCAGCGUCGGCGCUCACAGCUGGACGCAGAGACGUGGCCAAGGUGUGGGCUCUGGCGUCUGCAGCGACCAACCAGGACCUGAGUCCUGAUUCAGACCCGGACACCGAGACGCCAUGGGCCAGACAUCCGUUUGGACGCCACCUGCUGGAGACUCUUCUGGAUCACUACAGUCGGAUGAGUGACGUUCAGACGCUGGCGAUGCUGUGCAGCGUGUGCAGAACACAGGCUCCGCCUCCAGACUGUUACUCUCUGUACGGACACCAACCGCCACGCUCCGCCAUGUUCCCCCCCCACCACUCACGAUACCCCAGCUUCACCUCCAGCUCCGUCAACUCCGGCUCCUGCUCCAGCACCUCCGACUCCAUCACUGCAACCACAUGGAACCCAGCCCGAGACUCGGAGCACGUCAACCCCUGGGGUGAAUCCUCCCCUGACGACUGUCGCUAUGCAAACACGGGGUACACAGAUCCCCGGGAACGAGAGCGAGAGCAGCACGACAUGAACAAGAGACUGCUGGACCCGGCCAACACGCUGCAGUUUGACGACUUUAAGAAGUGUUACGGUGAAAUCUUGUACCGCUGGGGUCUGAGAGAGAAACGAGCUGACGUGCUAAAGUUUGCUUCCUGUCCCCCAGAACCUCACAAAGGAAUCGAGUUCGGUGUGUACUGCUGUCACUGUCGCAGUCAGGCUCGUGGGACGCAGUGCGCCGUCUGCAAGCGUCUGACCUUCCAGUGUGCCAUCUGUCACGUGGCCGUACGAGGCUCCUCCAACUUCUGCCUGAGCUGUGGUCACGGAGGACACACCAGUCACAUGAUGGACUGGUUCCGCCAGCAGGACGAGUGUCCGACCGGCUGCGGCUGCCACUGUCUCCUGCAGAGCACCUUCUGAUGCAGCCGAAGGAAACCAACGCGCUCCUCGGAUCUGGCGUCCAUCGGUCUGUGGUGACGAGACUGAUCCGAGACACAGAGAGGAGGCUUCUGACAGAGACAGACAGAAGGACGGACAGAAGGACGGACAGAAGGACAGACAGAAGGACGGACAG